AUGCCGGAUAGCUGGGAGCCUCGUGACGUCCUCCUCGCUGAUGUUCCGGACUGCGUGGCGGCGUACGAGGCGGACCUCGCACCGGUGACGGAUCGCGCUGAGGACGCGCCCUCACAGGCACCGCCUCCACUCUUCACGAUCCGGUCGCGCGACACCAAGCUCGCGACAGUGCGGACACCCAUCGUCGUCGCUUCUUCGCCAGCUUCUGCCAUCUCGGCUCCAAACGCCAAGUGUGGCGUGUUCUCCAUCUGA